AUGUAUUCUAGUUCAAUGCAAGAUCAUCAUCAACACAACAAGUAUGCAUCUCAAGGGGUUCCCGGAAAUGCUCCGUCUUAUGUUUUUACAGGAGUCCAGUCGUCGACUAACUCCGCUUCGAGACACUGGUCUACCGGUCUUUGCCAUUGUUGCGAUGAUCCAGCAAACUGUUUUAUAACCGGGUUUUGCCCUUGCAUUACAUUUGGACAGGUAGCUGAGAUUGUUAACAAAGGCUCCCCAUCAUGUGGAGAGAGUGGUGCAUUGUAUGGUUUGUUGAUGGUGACUGGUUUGGCUUGUUUGUAUUCGUGCGCCCAUAGAUCGAGAUUGAGGGGUCAAUACGAUUUGGAAGAAGCCCCUUGUGUGGAUUGCCUUGUACACUUUUGUUGCGAAACUUGUGCCCUUUGUCAAGAAUACAGAGAGCUUAAGAAUCGUGGCUUCGACAUGGGCAUAGGUUGGGAAGCCAACGUGGACCGGCAGACUAGGGGUGUGGCCAGCGCUCCGGCAGUGCCAACCGGCAUGAUGAGGUGAUUGAUCGGUUGGCAGAAU